UGUCCUGCCGGCUUCCACAUGUUUUCCCCAUAAAUAGAAGGCGCGCCAAGAUGCUCCUCCAACAGAACUUCGCCACCCGCAUCCAACUCUCGAAGUAUUGGCUUUGGAGAGCAAAGAUGCCACAGACGCUCAAGCUGGCCGGCAGGGCAUCCUUGCUCGCGAGAUGCUUUCCUGAGAUUUGGGCUGAUCCUGUCCUCAAAGCUCCGGUCAGGGUGAUCAAAAGCCACAAGACCCUAGACGAGAUGCCAGGACCCAGCGCUCUGAGUUUCUUCAGCGACCUCUUCUGCAAAAAGGGGCUGUCGCGGCUGCACGAACUCCAGAUUGAAGGCAAAGCCAAGUACGGCCCAAUGUGGAAGGCCAGCUUUGGACCCAUCCUGACGGUCCACGUUGCAGAUCCCAGCCUGAUUGAGCAGGUGUUACGGCAAGAGGGCAAACACCCCAUUCGCUCCUCCAUCUCCUCCUGGAAAGAUUACCGGGAGUGUCGAGGUCAUGCGUAUGGGCUCCUUACUGCGGAAGGCGAGGAGUGGCAGAGAACCCGCAGCCUCCUUGGAAAGCAUAUGCUGAAGCCGAAAGAAGUGGAGUCCUACACUGGCACUCUGAACGAUGUGGUCAGUGAUCUGAUCCGAAGGCUGGAGCACCAGCGGAGUUUCCACGAUCAGCAUGUGGUCAAGAAUGUGGCUGACGAAUUUUACAAGUUUGGAUUGGAAGGCAUCUCUUCCGUCCUCUUUGAGUCCCGCAUUGGUUGCUUGGAGCCCAAAGUCCCCAAGGAAACGGAGAACUUCAUUAGCUCCAUCAACACCAUGUUCAUCAUGACUCUGCUGACGAUGGCGAUGCCCAAGGUCUUACAUCGCAUCUUCCCCAAGCCAUGGCAGAAGUUCUGUGAAUCCUGGGACUAUAUGUUUGAAUUCGCCAAAGGGCACAUCGACAAGCGGAUGGCUGAAGUUUCAGAGAAAAUCUCACGGGGGGAGAAGGUGGAAGGCAAAUACCUGACUUACUACCUGGCGCAGGAGAAGCUGUCCAUGAAAUCCAUCUAUGGAAACGUGACCGAGCUUCUGCUAGCUGGCGUGGACACGAUUUCAAGCACUUUGUCCUGGAGCCUGUAUGAGUUGUCCCGUCACCCGGAGGUGCAAACAGCCCUCCACCAAGAAAUUGCAGCAGUGAUGAAGGGCAACGCCAUCCCGACGGCAGCUGAUGUAGCCCAGAUGCCCUUGCUGAAGGCGGUGGUGAAGGAGGCGCUGAGGUUGUACCCUGUGAUCCCUGGCAAUGCACGCGUCAUCUCAGACAGGGACAUCCAAGUGGGAGAUUAUCUGAUCCCCAAAAAGACCUUGAUCACCCUCUGCCAUUAUGCUACUUCACGCGACGGGAAGUACUUCUCCAAUCCCAACUCAUUCCGGCCGGAGCGAUGGCUGCGAAAGGACGAUGCUCAUCACCCGUACGCCUCUAUCCCCUUCGGCUUCGGCAAGCGAAGUUGCAUUGGACGACGGAUUGCAGAGCUGGAAGUGUAUCUCGCCCUGUCUAGGAUCCUGAUGCAUUUUGAAGUGAAGCCGGAACAAGAAGGCCACAUCGUGAGACCCAUGACACGCACUCUGCUGGUACCCGAGAAGGAAAUCAAUCUGCAAUUUCUGAGCCGCUAAUCAGGACGAAGCAGAACUGUUGAUGCUUCCCAUCAAAGCACACUAGACCUCGUGGCUGGGUGUGACAAAGCUAAUCUUCUGGAUUCUUUGGAGUCUGCUUGAAGAAGGGCUGUAGAGCAGUGACAUUGACUGAGGUCAGCCAAAGGGGCCACUGGUGCUUCCUCUCUUAAGUGGCACCCUCUGCUGUGUCUUGGAGGUCCAGUUCUAGGACUUGCUAAAGAUAAUUUCUCCAGAGCCAGCAUUUCCCAGCACAUUAUACAGAGCAUCAAUGUGCACUUAAAAUAAACAAAGGGGAACUGUGGGAAGAGCAGUUUUUGCUCUGAAACGCACCUGCUUUUCUCACUCAGUUUGAUAGUUCCCAGAACUUUCUGAAAAUCGGAUGGAGAGCUAGGAGCCCAGUGGCAGGUUGUGACUGUUCUGUAUACCAAACUGUCAAUGUGAUAUCUGCGCAACUGUGAGGUCAUGUAUGCUCCGUGACUGCAACAUCAAGGAAGGCCAUCCAAAAAGGAAGCAAUACGGGUGGACUUCUUGCAUCUUCUCCAGGCACAACAUUGUCCAUUCGGUGCCAUUGGCAUAUGUGAAUCGUCCAUAUUAGUUCAGUGUUGGAUCACUGUCAGAAUGCAGUCGCCCAGGUUAUCUCUCGCUAGUGGAGACACCUUGAAAGUGAUAUUUAGUUUCCUUCUCAGGGUGGAAGAGCUGGUUUCUAGAUGCAGGGACAGUAUUUAUAUCCCCCACCCAGGUGUGUGAAAAGACCCCCAAAGCAAGCCAAACUUCAUUUCAAAUUAUAUGUGGUUUUUUUAAAUCACUGAAUUUGAGGCAGUUAUAUAGAUGUUCCCUGUUUGGAGCUGUGGGAAUGGAGAACAGGAAUGUAUUUAAGUGCCUUAUUAUUUAUUAUUAUUAAUAUUGUUAUUAUGCUAAUCUUUUGUAUUUUAAAUAUAAUCAUUUAUAUUUAAUACCCUUCCCCUACAUAUUUAUAUUUUUAUAACCUAUAAAUUAUGUGUUCUGUAUUUUAAAAAAAGCUGCAACUAAACAGUUCCUGUAACCAAAGCUGUCUACCUUAAAGGCUGUUUCUUUGGUGCUAUGUUUAAAUGUUAUUUAUUAUCUUUGGAUAAUAAACAUGAACUGGUUUUU